UCCCCAGCAGGAAUACUCUGCUGCUGACAGGCUGCGGACAGCUCCUCCACACAGACAGAAACAUUAAAAGCAAGAGAAAAAAGAAACAACGGCAGACAGAGACAAGCAAUAAAGGAAAACGCACAGAAAAUAAACUAUAUACAUAUUCCCAGUGCCUUUAUUUUUAUUUUUACAAUCAGCAGGUGCUUUGUAAGCAAGCUUAGCUAUUUCACCAAGUGCUUUGCCAUGAGCCUUUACCUGCUGCUCUCCAUCCUACCUGCUCUCUACCUGCUGGGGGUACAGACCGCACCCCUGACUCUUAGAUCCCCCCCAAAACGAACACAGGGACGAACAUGGAAAGAUCAAUCUCUUUUAUGGAUGCAGCACCAAACUACUAAGGGAUUCCUCAAUGCUCCUGACUCAAAGAAUCCCCCACGAUGCGGAGUACCAGAUUUUCCUGUCUCUCCAGAUUCUUCUAAUGGGCACAACCGAAAGAAACGUUUUGUGUUAUCUGGAGGACGUUGGGACAAGACCGACUUGACCUACAAGAUUAUCCGCUUCCCGUGGCAGCUUAGUAAGGUGAAAGUGAGACGCACAAUUGCCGAAGCAUUGAGAGUAUGGAGUGAAGUAACCCCUCUAAACUUCACUGAGGUGCGUGACGGACGGUCUGACAUCAUAAUUGAUUUCACGCGGUAUUGGCAUGGUGACAACCUUCCAUUUGAUGGCCCAGGGGGCAUAUUGGCACAUGCUUUUUUUCCAAAAACACAUCGGGAGGGGGAUAUACAUUUUGAUUAUGAUGAAGCUUGGACCAUUGGGACCAACCUAGGCACAGAUCUUCUUCAGGUGGCAGCCCAUGAGUUUGGGCAUGUGCUCGGCCUGCAGCAUUCAUCAGUCUCCAAAUCACUGAUGUCUCCUUUCUACACAUUCCGUUACCCACUCAGUCUGAGUGCAGAUGACAAGCUUGGCAUCCAGUACCUAUAUGGACCGCCACAACCACCAACUCCUCCACCCACAAUUAAACCUGAACCAAAACCAACAGAGAGUGAGAGCAACGAGAUCCCUAGUUCAGAGCCGGACGCAUGUUCUACGGAUUUUGAUGCAGUGUCCACGAUCCGUGGAGAGUUGUUUUUCUUCAAGUCUGGUUAUGUGUGGCGCCUGCGUGGUGGGAAAUUGCAGACCGGGUAUCCCGCACUGGCCUCUCGACACUGGAAAGGGAUCCCUGAAGCUGUCGAUGCUGCAUUUGAAGAUUCUGUGGGAAAUAUCUGGUUCUUUUACGGAUCCCAGUAUUGGGUGUUCGAUGGGAAACUACAAGCAUCAGGACCUCUUCAAGUUUCGGAUUUAGGCCUCUCAGUACCCAGGGUUCAGGCUGCAUUUGUGUGGGGAAAUGACAAAAAUAGGAAAACAUACCUGUUUAGAGGAUAUGAGUAUUGGCGUUUCAACCCAGAUACUCGGCUUGUGGAGAGUGGGCACUCACGUAGCAUGGCAGAUUGGAGAGGUGUCCCCACCAGCAUUGAUGCAGUCUUCCAGGAUGAGCAAGGGUUUGCUUACUUUCUGCGUGGACUAUACUAUUGGAAGUUUGACCCGGUUCAGGUGCGUGUGCUGGAAGGUUAUCCUCGUCUCAUCAGCCAGGAUUUCUUCAACUGCCCAGUGACUUCUUCAUCUGCCAACUCAUUAAGAUGAAGAUUUUAAUCUUCUUCCAGGAAUCCUGUUCCAUACCUCACAUGCCCUUGAGGGACAACACCUGACACACAUGGAAACAUAUUUCAGGGAGCACAGAAUAAUGUAUCCAAAGAGCCAUCUCCUUGAUAGAACAGUGACCUGGUCUCUCAGCUAUAUGUUCUUAUCCCAAACAUCAGGAUAUUGUCAUCUAGCAGGGUAAUAACCCAUGCCAUUGUAUUUUUCCAUAAAACACAUUAUCCUACAAAGAACUCUGAGCACAAUGGAAAUCAUAUAUACACUGUAUCAAAUACCUUGUUAUGUUUGUGGACAUAUCAAUUUGUGUAACUCAUGAUAAUAACCUCUGGGUGUUCAUUCAUUUAUUACUGGGGAACAAAACAAUCUCCCUCCACUGAGAUCAAACCUGCUACCUUGUUGCUUACCUCCAAUGGAAAGGAGAUAAAGAAGAGAGAUCUUGGGUUUGGUGAUAUAGAAGGAAUUUAUGAGAGCUGUGACCUGGUGCCACAGCUCUCCCUGUCUGCUCCCAUUUGGAAAGGCAUGAGGUUAUACCGAGACUGUGGAAUACAAGGUGAUUGUAACAGAAUUAACCAAGGGGAACUAGGAGAAAAGUGUGACUGUGCCUUCUAUUGUUCUUCUGCUAAACUACCAUGGAAAGUGGAGGUCACUGAGUGUGUAGAGCUCCGAGGCCCCAAAGAAUUGAAGGCUCCAAAUUGCAGCAACCCUCCCAAUAAUCCCGAUUGUUGUUUCAGUGAACCACUCCAUAGCAAAUAUUUGCAAUUCACAUGAAUACUUUUUUAAAAUGCAUUUUUUUUUUUGUGAUAUCAUUGUUUAUAUGCUAACAAUACCUCUAUCAGUGCCGGACACUGACACAAUGAGAAACUCUGGAAUUUUUUAAUAGUAAAUAUAAUUCAGAGCUGUUCAGGAAACGGCAGCUGUUGGUUUGUAACCCUCAGCUAUUUUAUUAAUUGUUUUAUUGUACUAGUGCCAUUUUUCUCCUUAGAAUUGAAGCCAUAUAUGAUGGACUGAGAAAGUGUAGGCAGGCGUUGAAAAGUAACAAAAAGAAUGUUCAUUCUUUGCUACCUGUAAUGCAUUUUUUGUUGAGGUACUUUAGUUGUAUUACCCAUUUGCCACUAUGGAGUUUGGAACCUAAACAGGAUAUGGAAAGUUCCACGUUAAAGGUCCAAGUUAAUCAAAAAGCAUAUCUGUCAUUGCUAUAGCCCUCUGAUAUAACAUUAUGUGUCUGUAUCUGGCUAGAAAUCGCUAUGUUGACUCCUACUGAUCUUUAGGAUAAUCAGUUUUAUUAUUUAGGCUACACUUGCAGCCAUAAUUACAUAACUCUUUCAUGACAAUGGGCUAUUUGUUUCUCUUUUAGCUUUAUCAACGUCAAU